AUGGUCAUUGGAUUGCUUGCCAUCGCGGCCAUCCCGACGGUGACGGGGGUCGGGCAAGCGGUGAGCGCGCAGAAAAGGCAGAACGCAGCAGCCAAGUCGCAGGUCAAGUUCCACCUUGCCGCCAUGGUUCCGUGCCAGCAGGGAUUUCGCGAGCUGGGCAUCUGUGUCCUUCGAGGCGGACGGCUGGUGUUGGAUGUAGCCGAGACGCAGCAUCAGAAGCAGCAAGCCGCGGGCCACCGAUUCUGCGGAUACUACUUCCCUUACCCUGGGCCGGAGCAGCACCAGGGCCUGGUCAGCACCAUUGCCGACGACCCGCCCAUGCUCAACUGGAUCUACGUCGACGGGCAGACGGGGGCGGUGCGGCACGGCGGACGCAAGGACACGAUCGGUCACGUCAUCGGGCCCUGGGGCUGGAGCGACGACGAGACGUGGUUGACGCUCGAGGGCGGGCCGGGGGGCUUCGUCGCCCGGCGGGAGCCAGACGAGGCGAAUGGGGGGCUUCCGUGCUGGGUGGUGUACUGGGAUCCGGCUGCGGGGGCGGGGAACAAGGACGAUGACGACGAUGACGACGAUGGAGAUGGGGAAGGGGAGGCGGGCCGGCAGCGGGUGGUGUGGCUUCGUCGAAAGCCGCUGCUCGGCGUGGAGAGCCGGUACGUCAGGGACUAG